AACAUGCUGCUUGCCUUCGCUUUUAUACGUACUACCCUGUUCGUGCCGCCUCCCCGGCAUGGCGCAAGAGUGUACCGCCUGCUCGCGUACAGCCGAUUUUCAACCUACCCGCGUCCUUUCUGCCUCGAGGGCACGCAGGAUAACAGGACCAGACAACACCUUCCGCAAUCGUGCUGCUCGGUGGAUCCCGAGUUCCCUGGAUGCGCGCGCGCCUGCCUCGAGCUCGCCUAAUCGCGUCGGGCCUUCUAAUCGCGCUGAUGCUGCUAGCUCAGCAUUGAGAUGUGCGACGCGCGUCACGGACGCGAGGCGCCUUUCGCUGCUGUAGUGGCAAAGAGAGUUCCUGAUAACGCCGGGCUCGUGUACAUUGCCCUGACAGGCCGCCAUCAAGCUAUCAAUGACCUCACGCGUAUGUGUGGCUUGCUGCGAGGGGAGAGUCGAUUAUUAUUAUUCGAUCCGAUCUGAGGGACCCAAGCUAGCGUGCCGCAGAAGGUCCGCGGCUGCCGCAGAACACGUGUGCCAUUGCCCAAAGCC